GAUGGCAAUUCGUGUCACAGUGGUUCUCACUUUGGUGUGUUUGGCGGUCAUCAGUGUGAAUGCGUUUCGUCGUCCCGGAGGACUAAGUAGAACAAAACCUGCAACCCCAGAAAUCCAGGGACUUGUUAAUUCCGUGCGAGGGCAAAUAAUCAGUAAGCUCCCCCUAGGAUACGACAGAGAACAAUACUUACCAUUGACAGCUCGUUCAUACAAAGAGCAGAUCGUCUCCGGCAAAAACUAUUUCAUCAAGAUUCAGACAGGACCAAUGAGAUAUAUUCAUGUAAGAAUAUACAAACCACUGAUUGGUUUUACUUCCGUGCACAGUGUCCAGUUGCAGAAAUCCCUCUUGGAUCCGAUCGAAUAUUUUUAAAUACGUUAAAUAGCAAACGCUUUUUGUAUUAUCAAAAUUA